AUGGAGGCAUCAAAUGGAGAAAUCAAGCUCAUUCUUGAGAAUACCGUGGCUAUAAGCAAGGAGGAUUGGGAGGCAAAGCUAUAUGAUGCCUUGUGGGCAUACCGUAAGGCUUUUAAGACUCCCAUUGGAACUACUCCUUACAAGUUGAUUUAUCGGAAGUCUUGUCAUUUGCCCGUAGAGUUGGAGCACAAGGCUCAAUGGGCAAUCAAAGCCUUGAAUUUUGAUCUCAAAAGUGCCGGAGAAAAGAGAAUGCUAGACUUGCACGAAUUAGAAGAAUUGAGAAUGAAUGCAUACAAUAGUGCAAGCUCCUACAAGGCAAGGUCAAAGGAAUUUCAUGACAAAUACAUCAUCAAAAGGGACUUCAAAGAAGGUGAUAAGGUUCUUCUCUACAACUCAAGGUUAAAGAUUUUUCCCAUAAAGCUUAAAUUAAGGUGGAGUGGCCCUUUUCAAGUGGUUAAGAGUGACAAUGUCGGAUUCGAUGCUUUUGUUAGUGAGGGGUUCAGAAAUUGGAGCAAACCCGAGGCACUAAGGAAACAUGUAGGUGGUGUUAAUAGCAUUCACAAUAGAGUUAUGGGUGCCCUUUAUGAUUUCCAAAAUCAAAGGGGUUCUAUUAUUUCUAACUUUUCUAAGCAAACUGAGGAGUUCACAAGGCAAUACAAAAUUCGCUUAGAAGCUUCUGUGAAGUGUUUGAAGUGGCUUGUACUUCAAGGACUGCCUGCUCGUGGCCAUGAUGAAAGCACAACUUCAUUAAAUCAGGCUCCUACUAUUCAAAAGCAAAUUAUGAAUGCAUGUGCUAGGGAGACAACAAAAGCAAUAAUUGAAGAAAUAGGUGAUGGUUUUUUUGCUAUAUUGGCUGAUGAAUCUGCAGAUAUAUCGGAUAAAGAACAAUUAGAUCUUUGUUUGCGAUAUGUUGAUAAUAGAGGAGAAGUAAAAGAACGCUUUCUUAGCAUUAUGCAUGUUCCUGAUACUACUUCUGCUACUCUUAAAGAUGCUAUUGAAUCAAUGCUAAUGGAGCAUUCUUUAAGUCUUUCUAAUGUUUGUAGUCAAGGUUAUGAUGGUCUUCAAUUAACUGUUAUUGUCGUUGCUAAAAAGAACAAUGAUUGCAAUUGGUUAUUUGUUGAUGUGCUUCCUCUACUAUUGAAUUUUGUUGGUGGUUCACCUAAGAGGAAAGAAUUUCUUAGAGAAAAACAAAAGAAACGUGUUGUUGAGGCUUUGUCAUUAGGUGAACUUGAAACAGGAACUGGUUUAAAUCAAGAGCUUAGCUUGAAAAGACCGAGUGACACUCGAUGGGGAUCACACUUUAAAACAAUCUUGAAUGUUCUUGAAUUAUACCAACCUAUUCUUGAGUCACUUGAUGAAAUUGCGAAUUCUUCUAUUGAUAAAGACGGCCAAAACAAAGCAUGUGUAAUAACAAAAUUGUUGAUGACUUUUGAUUUUGUUUUUGUUGCACACUUGAUGGUGUCUAUUUUUGCGAUCACAAAUGGGUUGAACUUGGCCUUGCAAAGGAGUGAUCAAGAUAUUGUGAAUGCUAUGAAUUUGGUUGGGGUAACUAAGAGGAGUUUGCAAAGGUUAAGAGAUAAUGGAUGGGAUGCUCACUUGAAUAAAGUUACUUCAUUUAUGGAGAAGCAUGAAAUUGAGAUUCCUAACAUGGAGGGUUUUUAUGUUCAACCGGGUAGAAGGAUGUUUUGUGGUAAUACACCAAGAGUGCCUAAUCUUCAUCAUUUUCAAGUUGAGAUUUUUCUUGGUGUCAUUGAUUUGCAAUUAAAAGAGAUUGAAAAGCCAAGAGUUACUCAUACGAGAUUGAAAAUCGGUUUAAUGAGAAAAGCCAACAGUUACUCAUAUGUAUGUCUUCUUUUGAUCCUUCUAAUCGAUUUGCAUCAUUUGACAUAG